AUGGCGGCGGUUGUUGGUGAAGAUAACAAGCGUAAGAACACUGCAGAAAUGAGUUCGAUGGAUGCCAAAGAAGAUGAAAAUUCGAUUUCAGAUCGAGUCAUUGAAUUAAUGAAUAGAGCUCAACUGGAAACAGAUGCAAAAGAAAAAUUAGUUUAUCUUAAGCAGAUCCAAGAACUGGUUAUCAUGAAAGAUUCCGCUUUACUGGACAGCUUUUUAGAUGAAAUGUUAGCUUUUCAACAUGAAAAGUCUGCUGAUGUUCAAAAAUUUAUUCUUGGAUUUCUUGAAGAAGCAUGCAAAAAGGACGAAUUCCUUUGCAGCAAAGUUGUAUAUCCUUUGGCGUACUUACUGUACGAUCAAGAUAAUGUGCAAGUUACCAAACGAGCAAUUCAAUGUAACCUCAAUCUAUACCGUAUAGCCUUUAAGUUUAUCGCAACUAAGAAAGCGGCCAGUGAUGAUUUAUUGCAUAUAUGGGAGCAAUUUUGUGAUAUGAAAACAUACAUCAUUUCUUUAACCCAACAUGAAAAUACUGGUGUAAGAACAAGUGCUCUAAAAUACUGCGAAAUGAUAGUUCUUACUCAAAGUAUUAAAGGCGGUAUUACUACUUCAACUAAGCCUGAUGAUAUUUCUCUUGAUAUGUUGUCCACUACGCAUCCUAUAAUGGAUUUUAGCAAAUUAAAAGACGAAGCAAAAUCUAUUUUAACCUUUUUAACUGAUUUAACAUUAUCACAUAAGAUAAACCAUACAAAUUUAUUGCCAUGUGUUGGGUCGUUAGCAAUUAUUGCUCGUAUGAGACCAAUGCACUUUGGAAUUAUAAUAGCCUGUCUGGAAUCAUUAAAUGCAAAUUUACCGCCAACUCUUAGCAAAUCUCAAGUUAGCAAUCUGCGAAAACACUUAAAAAUACAAUUUAUGACACUUCUUAAAAAUCCGGUUUCUAUCGAGUACCAGUCGGUAUUAGCGGCUAUUUUAUCAGAUCUUGGUGUCACAGGGAAUGAGGUUGUAAAUCGUGCGAAAUUACGUAUCAAACUGAAUUCUCUUUAUAGUACCGAUCUAGAUAGCGAGCGACCUCCUAAAAAGUUACGGAUAGGAGAGAACAGAACUUCAGACGCAAAAAUUACCGAUAUUAAGAUUGAGUCUGGAUCAAUCGAAAUAAACAGAACUGCAGAAGAAAUAAUUCAAAAGCUAAAUUCGAAUGAAACCGUAGUCAAUCUGGUUUUUGCUAGUAUUCAUCGACUACCUAAUCGGAUGCCCUCAAUAUUUCAAGACUGUCAUACACCUAUCGUAUCUGCUGGAAGUAAAAUUCAAAUAGCUCACUUAGCUAGAUUACUAGCAACUCAAAUGCUUUCUACAGACAAUAGUAAUAUUGAAAGCAGUGAAAGUGACAUGAUGCCUACUUUGAGGGAUGUAAAAUCUGAAUAUCCGCGGUCUAUCAAAAUUGCCGGCUUAAAAGAGAAACAUUCUGAAUCUACGCGAUCUAGGAAAAUUAAGCAGUUUAGCUUAAGUAGUUUGGUAAAUUACAACAUGAAUAUUGGAGAAAAGCAAGCACUGUCUUUGAGUGCUUUUGAAAGAAUGCUGAAAGGCGAAGAAAAUGCUCAUCAUGCUGGUAUGGCACUGGAACGGAUUCAAGUUUUAGUGGGCUUAGCAACUCAGCUGCGAGGCGAAGUGGCAAAUGCUUUCAGAAAUUAUAUAUUUGAAGAUAUCAGAGGUCGCUUUGAACUGGCGUGCACAUGGCUUACGAAAGAGUACUUGCUGUCACUUGCAGCUUCUAGCCAGAGUACUGAAAUCAAAAACGAUAAUGAUGGCUACAGCCAGUGCUUAGCCGAGAUACUGAAAGAAUUAACGGAUAAAUUAGAUAAGGAAGAUAAACUUUUCACCCAUUUCUGUCUUGAGAUACCUCGAUUCACAUCUGUAGCUUAUAAAGUGAUCGAAGAUUAUAGCAAGAAUGAGGGUUCUUCUAAAUUAGGAUUGAGUACUAUGUAUGAAUUAAUACUUCGAAGGCCAGUUACAAAAGCUCCUUUAAUGCAGAAAUUACUAGAUUUAACUGUUUUCGAAAAUGAGCAGCGACGUGCAUUGGAAAAUCUGGAGAUGGUUUUACAAAUCGGCGACAAUCAAUCCAACCAAUGGAGUGAAGAUUCCAUCAAAAUGCAUAUGUCACUAUUCAUGUCACUCUUGCCCAAAAAUCAUGUUAUCAUUCACAAUUUAGCUAAUAUGUACGGAAAAGCAACAUCAAAUGUGAAGCGAGUCAUUUUAAGACAAAUAGAACAUCCUAUUCGCAAUAUUGGAAUGUCUUCACCGGAGCUAUUGAAGUUUUUCGAACAAGUACCUUCUGGUACUGAGACUUUACUAACAAGAAUUUUAUAUAUUUUCACGGAUAAGAGUAUGCCAAGUCAAGAAUUAAUUCGUAAAGUUCGUGAGGCUUACUAUGGGAAGAAAUUAGAUGUUCGUGCAUUGAUUCCCAUCAUAAAUGGUCUGGAAAAGAGUGAAGUCAUUGGAGCUUUACCUAAGUUAAUGAAGCAAUCAGCGAAGGUCGUUAAAGAAGUCAUUACGCGACUUAUAAAUCCAUUCUCAGAUGUAGAAGAAUCUGUCGGUCCUCGGCAGACGAGUCCUUUAACUCCGUCUGAGUUGUUAUUAGCCUUACAUCAAAUAGAGGAUGAUGUUAAGUCGGCUAUCAAAGGUUUUUGUUUAAGUGAGAAAAGUACAUUUACCCAAGAAGUUUUAGCUGGUGUUUUACAGCAAAUGUUAGAACGUACUACUAUCCCGAUUUUGUUCAUGAGGACGAUUACAACGCCACAAUCAUACCCGGUCUUACUACAGCUCCCAGCACAUCAGUUAGAAAGUGUUUUUCAGAUUGCUCCGUCUUUACAACACAAUCUUAGGCAACACAUUAAUCUCCUAACACUAAAUCAGAGAGCGCAUAUACCGCAGUCGCUCUUAUUUACCAUUGAAAAUUACGUAGUAGAGAAUGGGAAAGAAAGCCACGAUAACAAAGAGACUUGA